AGUGUUUUGAAACUUCAGCUUAUAAAACCAGUAGAGUCUGAAUGAAGCCUCCAGCUGCUGAUCAGGACCAGACGUUAAGAUCUGAAGAUGAGACGUGUCGUCGUUCUGUUGGCUGUGUUGUGUGUGUGUGAUGGUGUCAGGUUUGGUCAGCUCUGCAGUGGAAACCCGACCAACAGAAGGAGGACGUCAGACGGCUGGGGACAGGGUCACUACGGAGCCGGACGGGGAGACAGGGACCAUAAAGGUCUGGACAUCGUGUGUGAGGACGGAUCAGACGUUCUCGCUCCUUUUGACGUGACGCUACACGGAGAAGUCAACGUCUUCCCUGAGCCACAUCAGGCCGCCAUCAACAGCGGUCUCAGUCUGAGAGGACAGGGUCUGUGUUUCAAGCUCUUUGCCAUAAGGCCGGACCGGACCUCUGGAUUAGUGAGGAAGGGAGACAGGAUCGGAACCAUGCUGCCCAUGCAGAGCGUUUACCGAGGAAUCACAUCACAUGUCCACGUCCAGAUGUGUGACAAGAGUGACCCCACACCCUACUUCUGAUCCUGAUCCACUGAGAACCUGAACCACUUGUUUUGAGUAUGUUCAAAAUUAAAUAAAUAAAAG